CAUGUAACAACUCUCCCGGCGUUUUAGAAACACUGUAACCUAACUGUAUCAAUUGACAUUGAAACAAUGUACAGUAUCUAGUACAAGAGGACAAACAGCCACAGAAUAUCCUGGCAACCUUCACUCCAUUCUACACAAGUAGGUAGAAUAAGCAAGCGUUCUGGCAGCGGUCAAAAAUGUUAGAAGGUUAGCUAGCUUUCUCAAGUGGACUAAAAGUAGAAGUUUGAUAAAUAAAAUCAUGACAACAGGAAUGGAGAACUGCGCCCAACCACUGUUUACAUUUGGAAUAAUCGCUGACAUUCAAUACGCCGACAUUGACGAUGGUUUCAAUUUCAAACACUCAAGGAAACGAUACUACAGGAACAGUCUUCGCCUAUUGCACAAUGCACAGGAGAGGUGGACCGCGGAAACUGUCAAGCCCCGGUUCAUCCUUCAGCUUGGUGACAUUAUCGAUGGCUUCAACAAGAGGCAUGACGCAUCAGAGCGGGCCCUGGAAACGGUGAUGAAAGAGUUUGACUCCUCUCCGGUUGAAGUCCACCACGUUUGGGGAAACCAUGAGUUUUAUAACUUUAGCAGAGACACCCUACUGCGGUCGGUUCUCAAUAGUACUACAGAUUCUGAAGCAGGAGGGGGGCAUCUCAGCAUCUGUGGUAUCUAUGCAUAUCAUUUCAGUCCAGCCCCCAAAUACCGAUUUGUCGUUUUGGAUGCCUAUGAUGUGAGCCUACUAGGGAGAGAGGAGUCCAGUGUGCAAUACCAGCAGGCUAUUGAUAUUUUAAAAGCCCACAAUGACAAUGAAGAUCUGAACCACCCCCCAGUACCUGUGGGGCUGGAGCAGAGGUUUGUGAAGUUUAAUGGAGGAUUCAGUCAAGAUCAGCUGGACUGGCUGGAAGGAGUUUUGUCGUUGGCAGACAACAAACUGGAGAGGGUCAUCAUUGUCAGCCAUCUCCCUAUCCACCCCAGCUCUACAGAUCAUAUCUGCCUAGCCUGGAACUACGAUGCGCUGCUCUCCAUCCUCCAGGCCCAUAAGAGUGUAGUCUGCUUCAUGGCAGGACACGACCAUGAUGGAGGGUAUCACAGAGAUGACUUCGGAGUGCACUACCUCACACUGGAGGGGGUGAUAGAGACCCCCCCGGACAGUGACGCCUUUGGUACAGUCUCUGUGUAUGAGGACGGGAUGUUUUUAAAGGGAUAUGGAAGGAUGUCUGAUAGACUACUGAUGUAUCCAUGAUAAUGCCAAAGAUUCUACGGCUAAACGUAAUCUGGGGAGGGACAAUUCCUUGGGUCCUCAUAUACACUGAGUAUACAAAAUAUUAAGGACACCUGCUCUUUCCAUGACAUAGAUUGACCAGGUGAAAGCUAAGA